AUUAAUUAUAAAUUAUUUUUAUGUAUGUAUUAUAUAUCUUUUUUUUCAUCAAAAUAGUUGCUCAAGUAACAGUAAUUGAAUAGUUGAAUGUAUCUACCCAACUCUGUUGGAGACUGCAGAUGACGUCUAUUAUUUUUAAUAUCAUUAUUUAGCUAUUGUGAAUUCAGAUAAAAUACAUUGGUAACAGGUUGACUUUGCGUCCGGAGUGGAUUACAUUCUGUCAAGCAUGCAUUUGAAAUCUAUAAACCUUUGUUCCAUUUUCUUCCAAGCUUUUCUCUUUUCUUGUCUUUUUUUUAACUAAAGGUUGCUCUCCUUUUUUUUCAGUGUACUUGUUGAUGUUGGGGGCAGAGCUUCAGUCAGAUCUUGGCCUCCCUCGCAGAGCAGGGGGACACAUUCAGCAGAGGGAGUCAGAGGAGAGGCGAGCGGCUCGCGUUUCGUGGAAAUGUUGUCCGGUCCAAAUGAUGGAUGCCACCGACUCCCCUGACCCGUACAGCCGCCCGGCGCGCAGGACGCAGUGGAUCGUGAGCACCCUGGCUUACCAUUACGGACUGGACCGGGGAGUGGAAAACGAAAUCAUCGUCCUGGCCACCGGCCUGGAUCAGUAUCUGCAGGAGAUAUUCCACCACCUGGACCAUCGAGGACUCGGCAAAAUCCCCGAGGAGGACUUCAACGUCCUGUGUGAAGUUCUGGGGCUGAGCGAGGACUCGGAAUCGGAAGAGUCUGCCGGAGUGCUGGACAACCUACCCAGCGCGCUCACCUUCAGGCACUUCCACGCCAAGCUGUGCGGUUACUUCACCACGAAGGCGGGAUGCCAGUACGAGAACGACCGGCUGCUGGUCGGGACCGACAGCGAACACAUAGAAACUCAGAUCCGUCUGCGGAGCCCCCUGAAGCGGCGGGAGACGCUGCUUUCGGUCGGUGCGAGCGGCGGCUGCUCUCCCUCCCCCUCCCCGGCGCAGCGGCGCGCUUUCGGCUGCAGGCUCGGUUCCCCGGGCUCCUGCAGCAGGGAGUGCUACGAGGAGAUCGUGGCUCUGGAGGAGGCGGAGGACAGGAUAGGGAAGCUGGAGGAUGAGAAUGCGAGUCUCAGGGAGCUGGUUGAGGACAUGAGAGCCGCGCUGCAGAGCAGCGACGCUCGGUGUUUGGCUCUGCAGGUCGGCCUCUGGAAAAGCCACGCCAAGCAUAAACCAAGAGAAGGACGUUUGGUUUCCCCGCGUACGCUGGCCUCCCACAACAACAUGGCCAACAGCUCCAACAGCAACUUCAAGAGCCUGCAGAACCUCAUCCAAGAGAUUGAGUACCUGCACAGCUCCAGAGAAUGGCAGGUGGAGGAGACAGUGUCGCGCAACCAGAGACUGGAACAGGAACUGUGGAGCUGUAAGGAGGCCGUCGCUGCAUUGGAAGACAGCAACAGGCUUCUGAAGACGGAGCAGGCGAGCAUGAGGAGGAAGGUGGAGGAGGCCCGGCAGGCUCUGCUGAGCGGACUGGAGAAGGUGAAGGACCUGGAAGCGAAGGCCAGUCGUGUUCCGGCGCUGCAGAGGCAUGUGGUCCAGAUGGAGUCUGAGCUGCUUUACUACAGGUCUGAGAUGUCCAGACUCCAGCCAGUGAGCAGCGCCGGGGCAGAGCAGCAGCCGUGCUGCCAGGACCUCCAACAUGACCGCCGUUCACCAACAGGCCGAGCUGUGACCACCCCUGACAAGAUGCCAGUGGAGGAGCAGCUGUUCCGCUCGGUGGAAGGCCAGGCUGCCUCGGACGAAGAAGAGGACAAACGGGCCGGAGACCAACAGAGGCAGGUGGAGGAGGUGAAGAGGAUCCUAACCAGGCUGUCCUGCUGCGGCGGAAGAUGUGGUGACGAGGCACUGGAGAAGCUGAUGUUUCGUUUUGGAAGCUCAAGGAGCGAAGAGUGUCACAGUGCUGUGGUGGAGCUCCUGGAGAGAGUCACCAGGCUGCACAAAGAGCUGAAGCUGAAGGAAAGCCGAGCAGAGAUGAACAUGGACCAGAUGAAGGACUCUCUGGUGCAGGAGCUGCAGCAGAGGGCCGAGGACACGGAGCUGCUUACUGCGGAGCUGCAGUCGCUGGAAAGAGAGAAGGCCCGUCUCUCGCUGGUGGAGGAGAAGCUUGUGGACAUCCUGCAGCUUCUGCAGCGGCUCAGAGACUUGAACGUCUCCCGAAGGUCCCUGGGGAAAAUGUUGCUCAGUACUUUGGAGUCUGGCAGCAACCCACAACACGGCAAAGCGCACGUCCUGGAGGUGCUCGGUGCUCUUUACCAUGAACUGGCUGCGUGCAAGAUCCUUUCAUCUCAUGGACGUCUGCAGAGAGCGCAGAGUCAGCAAUCACUCCAUAACCUCAUCAUCUCCUGCUGAACAAGACCGCCACCCUCUGGGCCCACCGCCCAAGGAGACCUUAAUGUAAUUGGUCUC